AUGGCCGCCACUGUUCAAUCUAUGCCGAAUCAUUCGGAAGAAACCGAGGUUGUUGAAUACACCGAGGAAGUUGUUGAGGUUGUGCGAUUGGACAAGGUGGUUGAAGUGGAGGAGGUUAAUGAAAAGGAAACAAAGUCCUCGGACCAUAAUGAACUUGUUGAUGCUGAAAAGACCGCGGAAAAAUCUGAGGAU